GAACUUCUCUAAAAAGAUUUCCUUUUGUGCCUGCAUACUCCGCAGCCUUUGCGCUUCUCGUCCCUUCAAGACCUAUCCCACUCACCCCCACCAAAGUGGAACCUUCUUUUCAGCUUCAUGUUUCUCAGACAGUUUCCGACCGGAAGCCAUUUUUGUAGAACACACUUCCGGUUUCUUACUCUUUCUUUCCAGGUCGGUGUGCUCUCCCUUUCUUCCUCCAGGCAUGGCGUCUCGUAAGGAAACAGCCGGCGCCGGCCCUUCUGCCGUGACUACCAGUAAAGCCAAAGGGAAAUCGGCCCCAGGGGACUCCGCGGUGAAACAAGUGCAGAUCGACGGCCUGGUAGUGCUGAAGAUCAUCAAGCAUUAUCAAGAAGAAGGCCAAGGCAACGAAGUGGUCCAGGGUGUGCUGCUGGGGCUAGUGGUGGAUGAUAGGCUUGAAAUCACCAACUGCUUUCCAUUCCCUCAGCAUACAGAGGAUGACGCUGACUUUGAUGAAGUUCAAUAUCAGAUGGAAAUGAUGCGGAGCCUUCGCCACGUAAACAUUGACCAUCUUCACGUUGGCUGGUAUCAGUCUACCUACUACGGGUCUUUUGUCACCCGUGCUCUCCUGGACUCCCAGUUCAGUUACCAACAUGCUAUUGAGGAAUCUGUUGUUCUCAUUUAUGAUCCUAUAAAAACUGCCCAAGGGUACCUUUCCUUAAAAGCAUACAGGCUGACGCCUAAAUUGAUGGAGGUCUGCAAAGAAAAAGAUUUCUCCCCAGAAGCGUUGAAAAAAGCGGGCAUCGCCUUUGAGAACAUGUUUGAGGAGGUUCCUAUCAUAAUCAAGAAUGCCUAUCUGAUCAACGUUCUUCUUUGGGAGCUGGAAAAGAAGUCAACAGUAGCAGAUAGACAUGAGUUGCUCAGUCUUGCAAGCAAUAAUCACCUUGGAAAGAGCCUACAGCUUUUGAUGGACAGAGUGGAUGAGAUGAGCCAGGAUAUUGUAAAACACAACACCUAUCUAAGGAACACCAGCAAGCAGCAGCAACAGAAACAUCAGUACCAGCAAAGACGUCAGCAAGAGAACUUGCAGCGUCAAAGUAGGGGAGAGCCACCCCUCCCCGAGGAGGACAUAAACAAAUUGUUCAAACCGCCCCAGCCACCUCCCAGGAUGGACUCGCUGUUGAUUGCAGGUCAAAUUAAUACUUAUAGCCAGAAUAUUAAGGAGUUCACUGCACAGAACCUGGGCAAACUCUUCAUGGCUGAAGCACUUCAAGAGCACAACAACUAGGGAGGAAGAUGAAGUGCUUGUCAUCUCUUGCCCAAAGAGGAGAUGCGCAGAAUCUCAGCUCCUUUUUGCUUAAGACAUUUUCCGUUGCUCAUUGCAAAAUGAACCGUGAACCAGACUCUCAUGUGUUUUGAGUAGAAUUAUCCCUCUUCUAAAGAAAGAGAAAAAAAUAAAGACCAAUUUUAAACUUU